AUGCCUAUCCUUGGCUGUAAGUGUUAUUCGACAUCUGCUGCUCUUGAGGAGCCGAAGACAAAUCCUGAAGAACCCAAGGGCCAGCAACUGGACAAGACGACACUAGAGCCACCCGCACCGUCAGCUGCUGAGGAGCAGAGUGGCAGCACCCCUCCAGAAGGACCCAAAGAGUCAAAGAAGGAGGUGAAGAAGCAGGAUUCGAUACCAAAGGAGGACAAAUCGAAAGCGCCUCCUCCUGCGCCAAAGGUCCCUGGUAAUCGGGGCGAGACAAGAGUAAGCAGCAUUUUUAUUCCUGCUUUGUCAAUGUUGACGUGCUUCGGCCCUUAG